AUGCGAAGGCUUCCCCUGGACGCUGAGCUCUGCAAACCAAACAAGGCUUUGCGCACUACGCUUAAGGCCUUUCUACGGACAGAGGAGAAGAAACGCGAGAAGAACAAGCCUGUCAAAGAACCUACUCCGCCUGCCCCCGCGGUUUCCGGUGCACCUGAGACAGAUCCUGUUCCCAUCCCCGCUGAACCGGAGCAGGCUCAGACUCAGGCCACUGACGGUCUCGCAGCCGAUUCUGCUGACCCAAAACCGACCAGUCUUACCACUGCAGCCCCCAAUGGGCAAGACGUGGUGAAUACCAGCCAGCAACUCACUAGUGGCGGAGAGAAUACGGAGUCACAGGCAGAAAAUCAUACUAAAAAGGACAAUGAUGCCUAUCCAAACGCAGCGAAUGAGACGCUUACUACCGAAAUGGCUACUACUGAACCCGAAACUGCGCCGACGACUUCAUCUGCCGGUACAGAAAGUGGUACCGUCGCACUACCCGAUAAUACAACUCUCCCUGAAGGAGGAUAUACCAAUGGAUUCGCCCAGAUGGGCUGGAAUGGAACCGGGGACUUCAACCAGGGAAUGCCAUUCAUGGCAAACGGCAUGAUGAUGGCCCCGAAUCCAAUGGGAGCUCCCGGGAUGUUUGGUAUGGGCAUGGAUCCGAUGACCGCGGCUCAGGGAAUGUUUACUGGCUACGGGAUGAAUAUGAAUGGGAUGAACAGUAACAUGGGUAUGAUGAUGAAUUCCGGUGCUGGGCAAGGAAUGUAUGGAUCAUGGGAUGGUCAGAGCAACAUGUGGAAUGGUGGUCCAGAUAACUUCAAUGGAAUUGCAUUCCCUAAUCGCAUGGGUGCCGACUUUGGCCCUGCUCCUGGAGUUGGUGGAUAUAAUAUGAUACAGUCACAGUCACAACCUCACCAAAAAUUUCCUCACCUGCAUCAGCAACAGAAAUUUCCUAGCAAUGAUUUUCAAAACUCAUAUGGUCCCUACGGCCGCGGUGGCCCUGUUGCAGGGCGAGGAGGGCGAGGAUUCGGCCCCGUCGGGCGCGGCCGUGGCUAUCAGCCUGCUAACGGCUAUCAAGGUAACCCUCUACCCCCUAACAUGGGCGGCUUCCAACGCUAUAAUCAGCCUCAGUUCCAGCAGCCGCAGCAGCCGCAGCAGCAGCAGCUCCCCAACAGUGCUUCAGGCCAGGUGGACGACGGAUUCAACCCAAGUGGCGAGGAGGAUAUGAAGGAGCAUCAGCCCAAGGAAGAGUCUGCUGAAACUCCAGCACAGAAGCAGCCUGCUGGUGGUGAUGCAGUGGAUGGGGCUGCAAGCUCAACGGCAGAUCAGACUGCAAAUCAAUCAACUGAGCAAUCUACCAAUACUACAACAACCGCUACUGCCAAUGGAACUAGCGAUACUCCGUCGUCCACUGCGGCUGCACAUACAAACCCUAUCCCUAGUUACUCCAGCACCCCUAGCUUUGGUGGUGGCCCGGGAGGUGGCAGGUACCAUGGAAAUGGCCCGGGCUUCCAGUCUACACCGUAUGUGAAUGGAAUGCCUAACGGGGUACCAAGUGGCCCCAUGGCUUCAAACACCCCCAUGGCCAUGGGAGGCUUACGGGCAUCAGGACUAGGUCCAGGUCCUGGAGUUGCAGGAGCCCCAGCCGCGCCGCGAGCGAUGAGAGAAGGCCUACCAAACACAAGCACCCGUAACAUGAGAAACUUUGCUCAAAGCCACAGCCGAACGGUGUCGAUGAGCCAGCCGUCUGUCAAGGAGUCUCGAAGGUCUCGUCAGCGGCGCUACCGCAGCCCUUCGGCCGGACCUACACAGAGUGAAGACGAAAGGAGACGGGAGCGGCGCAGUAAGCGUGCUCGUCGGGAUGACAACGACAGGGAAGCCGAUGUGAACGACGAUAAACGUCCAACGUCUAGAUCUCGCUCUCUUUCCCCUGGAGACACUAAAUCGUCAUCUUACCGUAGACGUGAUCGUGAGAGAGACAGAGAUCGCGAUGAUAGCUCUUCCAAGCGGUCUCGUCGGCGCCGUAGUCGCAGCCCAAGCAGACGAGAUGGCAGAGCUGUCGAUGCUUCUGAUAAAAGCGACCCUGGCCUGUCUAUAAAGGGGAGCUCGUCAAAUCGACGCGAUAAGCAUAGAUCUCGCGAAGAUGUUGAUGGCGUAGGGGAAGAUCGCCACAGACAGAGAGAUAAAGGCCGUGACCGCCACCGGGACCGGGAGCGUGAGCGUGAGCGUGAUAGGGACCGUGAUAGGGAGAGAGAUAGGGAGCGGGACAGGGAGAGGGAUAGAGAUCGUCGUGACCGUAAGAGGUCCCGUCGAGAUUACUCUGAGUCUCGCGACGAUGAGGAAUACAAUGACCGUCGCUCUAGGCGGCCCCGGCAUGAAGAUAACAAUGAACAGGCAGGUAAAGCCCAGGAAACCAAAGCUACGGAUAAGUCUCGACCAAGCGGCCAUGCGUCGAAAAACGGUGCCACUGUUGAAAAGGAUCCGCAUACGCUUGAACGAGAGGCUCGAAACAGAGAGCGUCUGUUGAAGGAACAGCAGCGACGAGAAGCUGUCAAUGCAGACCGUGAUGGCAAGGGAGGCGGCCGUCGUCGUGAUGGUAAUUCCAAACUUGACCGUAACCUCCUGGGCAGGAAGCUGAGUUACAAAUACGAAGAUGAACUGGGUGACCACGAACGGGAGCGUGAAGCUGUUCGAUGGUCUUGA